AUGACCACUAUCCUCUUUGUUCCUGGAGCCUGGAUCACUCCGGCGUUCUACCAGCCAUUUAUCUACGCUCUGAGGGUCGCUGGAUACGAUGUCCACUACGCGGGAUACCCCUCGUUAGACCCCAAGGACCCACUCGUUACCGAUUGCCAGGCCGACACCGAUGCUAUUACUGGGAUUCUCCGGUAUCUGGUCGAGGAUGAGGGCAAAGAUGUUGUGGUUUUUAUGCACUCCUAUGCCGGCAUGCCCGGCUCUGCGGCCGCUAGCGGGCUAGCCAAAUCGCAGCGGGCACAAAAGGAAAAUGCUGGUGGUGUUAUUGGGCUCAUAUUCCUGGGUGCCUUUGUCGUGGCCGAAGGCCUCAGUUGUGCCGGUCUUCAGGGCGGAAACCUCCCCGCCUGGAUCUUGCCCGAUCAGCCAUCGGCGAAUCUCAAUAUCGUGGAUGAUCCUAUUAGAAACUUUGCGGCCGAUGUCGAUCCCCACUUGGCCAGGUCUCUGGUCGCAGCAGUCGAACCACAUUCCACCUUGGCUUUCACCUCACCCCAGCCACAUCCGGCCUGGGCGGAUGAGGCGUUCCAGGGGCGUUUGGCGUUUAUAGUCACUACAGAGGAUGUUGCGGUGCCACAGGAAGCGCAAUCUGGCAUGAUGGCCGCCACAGAGAAGGCGUGGAUCAUCAGGGAAAUAGCGUCUAGUCACUGCGCGCCGUUUGCCAAUCGAAUCGACGAGACGGUGGGACUAAUGCGGGGGAUUAUUGGCCAAUUCAUAUAA